AUGCUGGUUCUAUGCAUAGUCCUGCGGCUGGAGACGUUUCAUCGCGUCAACUACGAACAGCAAUGUGCCAGCGCGGGGAUCGAGUCAUAUCUCUGCCUCCUUUUGAUCGCGCAUGAGAUCUUUGCGAGUAGGAGCCGGUGGGGGAUCCCACACUCGGACGACUCCGACGAUCCUUGGCGCAGCUGCUUCGACGACCUCCACGACUGGUUCACGGGGCCGCGCAUCGCCAUGACCUUCAUGGUGUUGGGCGCCUGUGUCUUCUCGCUCGGCACGUACCUCGCAGUUUCCCAGAAGACGAGGUCAACUUACGUGUGCUUCGAGCCCGUCGAUAGCAGGCCGCAGACCGUUCUUUUGCAGCUCGUGGGCUUGGUGCUUGAUGCUACCAUUGUCGCUCUGCUCUGGAGAAUCCUGGCCUGGACGCGGACCAUCAGGCUGAAACUGCGCAUGCUGGGGAAAAUACUUGUCCUCUCUUCCGCGGUAGUUGCCCUUCUUUGGAUUGCAGGCACCGUCUUGGGCGGCACUCGUCGGUUCAACGUUGCCUUUGGCUCAUUGUAUGGGUUCGACGUCUUGGUGGACAGUGCAGCCUUUGCCACGCUCAUCAUCUCCGCGUCAUUUUGGGUCUGCGAGACGUCCACGAUAACACCAUCAGCCGUCGUGACGUUUCUCCUUGGUGCCUGGACCUCGACGAUGAAUGUCUUCGCCCUGGGCGAUUGGGCGCACAACUCCCGGGCGAGCAGUCUGGUGCCGCUUUGGCUCGUGGCAUUUGGGACUGUCCUCUUUACCUACACCCAUGAUGUCCGAGCUGUCCUUUUCAUCAGGCGCAUAGUCUUGACGGUCCUUCUCAUGGCGCUGAUAAUCGCAGCUACGGUCGUCACGUUUACCAAGCGGCUGGAGGUGUUUGAAAAACGCCAUCCCAUAAAUGACCUGAUAUACGAUGCCCAGACGAGGCACGAACGCUGGCUAGUUGGAGUGACAACGAGCAAGACUCUCCCUGCGGCCGUAACCAUCUACGAAGAGCGCCAUCCCGGCAAGUUGGCACCCCCCAACUUUGCUGAGUGGUAUCAAUUCGCGUCGGGUUCGUCCAUAAUCGACGACUUUGCCCAGAUCGAUAGGGAUCUUGCUCCGUUCUGGAAAUUCUCGCCAGAGGAGCUGCGGAAGCGGGCAAACGCCAUGAGUGGUCACGAAGGCAUUGCCACAAUCACCAUUAAAAACGGCCACGUGAGCAGAAGCGACGCCGGCAACGAUGGCGACAAUCAGGACUUAGAUGAGGUCGUGAAGAUGAUUGAGAAAUUCUCACGACACGUUCCUGAUAUGGUUCUGCCCAUUAACCUCAGCCCGACACCGCGGGUUCUCCCGUCCUGGCGGGAUGUCCAGCUGGGGGGUCACGCAAAUAUGGGCUCCGUUGUCAAUCUCAUUUCGAAGAGGUCGACCGGACUUAACCAGACAGCAGCAGGCGUCCUGGAUUCAAGACAGGGGCAGACCAUGUCUAAAGAGCCGGGCUGGGGGCUGACCUGGGCGAGCGACUUUCGACAGCUACAAAUGGACGCUUGCCCGCCCAAUUCGCCUGUCAGGUCGAGUCCGCACUGGAAGAUUGGCGAAUUCUGCGACAAGUGCGUCCGCGGGCACUCGCGCGGCCAGUUUCUGAGCGACUUUGAGCGCUCGCUGCAAAUUUGCGAACAGGCUGACCUCAUGCAUCUGCAUGCCUUCUCCAUGACGAACCCGAGGUCGGCGCCAAUCCAGCGACUGCUCCCACUGUUCGGAGCGUCCAAGACGGAUAACUUUGGAGACAUAGUGAUCCCAAUCCCCAGGUCGAGACAAUUGCAGCCGGACAGCACGUGGCAUUUUCCGCGGCGGUACGACAGCCUGUUCUGGAGAGGGUCGGCUGGCGACGACUCAAUCAAUGGCCAGGCACUCCGGGGCAGCCACAAGUUUCGACUCUUGCAUCUUGUCAAGAAGCCCAGCCGGCGGGACAAAGUGCGGAUGGUCCUGCCAACUCCGGGAAAGACGGACCAAUUCAGAACCGAACGCGUGGCGGCGGCCGAGGCCAGCAACGCCAUGCCUUUUGCCGUUGGCAUCGAUGACUACUCGAAUUGCAAGGGAAAAAAUUGCGAGCUCCUGAAAGUCGCGUUUGGCACGGAAACGAAGACGGAGGAGCCCCUGGAAUACCGCUACGUGCUGCUGACGGACGAGGACGGCGGGCCACCCCUGCAGACGCUGCGCACAAUGCAGUCGGGAAGCGUGCCGUUUGUCUCGACAAUCUUCCGGACGUGGUACACGGAGCGGAUCCAGCCGUGGCUGCAUUUCGUGCCGAUCGACGUGAGGUACCACGCCCUGCACACGACGCUGUCCUACUUCACCGGGACGGAAGACCGACCGAAGAUGAAUGGCCGAGAUACGGCCCUGCGAGGCCGCAUAGGCGACGCGGAGUGGAUCAGCCAGCAGGGCCAGCGGUGGGCGGCAAAGGCGCUCGGCAACAGGGACAUGGAAAUCUACCUGUUCCGCCUGCUGCUCGAAUGGGGCCGGCUAAUCGACGACCGGCGCAGCGAGAUUGGCUAUCGCAAGGGCCAGAGCGGCGACUUUGAGAACAUUGGGUGGACUCGAUAG